UGGCGAUCCCUCAAACGAACGUAUCGUGGCGGCGCGCGAAGUUGGUUUUUUAUUCUAUGUGCUGGUUGGCUCUGUGAUACACAAGCUGCAGAAGUGUGACGGCUGAGAGAUCUUGUAAAAAGUCAUCUGUGGACUGUUCUCUAUUUUCUUGAUAUGAGCUUCCGACGUGCCAGAAUGACGGAUGAAUCCAAAGGGAGCUUGUUUACCAUCGACGGCAGCGUUAUGGAAGGCGUGAGUAGGGAGGACAGAUACUGAGGAUGGCCAUAGCGUUCAGUGCACUAUUCCAGAAGCCAGUGCGGGUAAUAAAUAUUCGUGCUGGAAGGAGCAACCCAGGCCUGAGGCCACAGCACUUAACAGGCAUCAACUUGGUGAGGGAUAUCUGUGGAGGCCAUCUGGAGAAUGCCUUUAUUGGGUCGACAGAAGUUGUGUUGUACCCUGGCCCCAUCAGAGGCGGGGAGUACUUUGCUGACACUGGAACAGCAGGGAGCGUAGUGCUGCUCCUUCAGGCUGCUCUGCCAUGCCUGCUGUUUGCCGAUGCACCAUCUGUGCUGCGCCUUCGAGGUGGAACCAAUGCAGAGAUGGCCCCCCAGAUUGACUACACGCUGUCGGUGUUCCUGCCCAUAGCAAAAAGAUUUGGAGCUUCAUGUGACAUCAAGGUUCUUAAAAGGGGUUACUACCCCAAGGGAGGGGGCCUAGUGGAGGUCUGCACGCAACCUGCAGGGUCCCUGAAGCCACUAGUCCUGACCGAGCCUGGAUAUGUGGCCAGAGUGACAGGCAGAUCCUUUGUAGCUGGUGGUCUCCCUAUCAAGGUGGCCCACAUGAUGGCCGACAGUGCAGUGAACAUCCUGAGGGAGCAGUUGCCAUCCUCUGUCGCUGUCUCAGUGGAGAAACUCAAGGAAUCUGAGGCAAACGCAUUCGGCACAGGAAGUGGCAUUGUUUUGUUUGCCGAGUCCUCGACUGGGAUGAAGGUUGCUGGCAGUGCAUUGGGAAAACGAGGUGUGAUGGCAGAAGCUGUCGGUCAAGCGGCAGCUGAAGAGCUUUGUCAAGAACUCAAACAGAAUGUUUGUGCUGAUAAACACCUCCAAGAUCAGGUGAUUGUGUUAAUGGCGCUUGCAAAUGGAAUAUCGCAAAUUCUGUGUGGGCCUCUAACAUUGCACACUGAAACUGCAAUCUAUGUUGCCCAUCAAUUAACACAGGCCAAGUUUAAUUCUUCCCCUCAAGAGGGCGGCACUGUACUCCUUGAGUGUGUGGGAGCUGGCUGCCAUAUACCAAAGCUGCAGUGAUACCUGCCAUUUUAUGCCAACUUCUACAAAGUUGGAACUGGUGUCAUUUGAGGAUCCUUGUGCAAGAAUAAUAUUGGAAGUAAAUAUUAUUUGGCAUUGCCCUGCUGGCAA